AUGGAGUCUAAUUCUGAAACCAAACAGCACAGCCUUUUGAGCUCCGAAUCUGGCAUUCAAAGAACCCAGUACCCAUAUGUGACUGGAUCAUCUGUUGUUGCUCUGAAAUAUAAAGAUGGGAUUUUGAUGGCUGCUGAUAUGGGAGGUUCUUAUGGGUCCACGCUGCGAUACAAGAGCGUGGAGAGAAUUAAACCUGUUGGGAAGCAUUCUCUUAUCGGUGCUAGUGGGGAAAUAAGUGAUUUUCAGGAGAUUAUGCGUUAUCUCGAUGAGCAAGUCCUGAAUGACCAUAUGUGGGAUGACGGAAACUCUUUGGGGCCUAAAGAGAUACACAGCUAUUUGACCCGAGUUAUGUAUAAUAGGCGUAACAAGUUUGACCCGCUUUGGAAUACACUUAUUCUUGGUGGUGUGAAAAAAGGACAGAAAUUUCUUGGCAUGGUUACUAUGAUAGGAGUAAACUUUGAGGAGAAUCAUAUAGCAACUGGAUUUGGAAAUCACAUGGCACAGCCCAUACUUCGUGCUGAAUGGCAUGAAAACUUGACUUUUGAAGAAGGUGUUGCAUUACUGGAGAAAUGCAUGCGAGUGCUUCUGUAUCGUGAUAGAUCUGCUGUCAACAAGUUUCAGAUAGCUAAGAUUACUGAAGAAGGUGUAACAAUUUCACAGCCUUACGCAUUGAAGACAUUCUGGGGAUUCCAGGCAUUUGAGAAUCCAACUGCUGGUGCUGAAGGAUCAUGGUAG